CUGCUGCGCGGACCGUACCCCUGCCCCAGUCGGGCGCCCGCCCUCCCCCGCCCCCUCCCCCGCCGCCGAGAGUGGGGGCCGAGCCCGGAAAGGGGCCGCUGAGAAGUGCAGAGCCUCUUGGGCCACGGCACCGGGGACACUCUGCGAGCCUGGGCUGAAGAUCCGAGUCCACCCCCCGCGAGGGACUGGGUCCGAGUUGCCCGAGCGGGCAUCCUGGUGGUGGUGGUGGGGCGGGGGCGACCAAGUGUGGAGGGCGAGAUUCUGGGCAUUCCGUCGCGGACUUCGGAGUUCCCUCGGGGCUCGCCCCUCUUGACCUGGACAUCGCACUGGCAGCCCCCGUGCAAAGCAGCUGCAGCCCUCGUUGUCCUGUCCCGCCUAAGGAGCGGGGGCGGCGUCGGUCGGCCCGAGGUUGGGGGCGGGGGGACCCGAGCCGGGCUGGCGUGACCCCUCGAGGGGCGGAGAGGCCGAGGUGGCCGUGGGCAGCGGGAGCGGAGAGCGCCCUCCUGCGCCAGGCAGCGCCUCCUCGCGUGUCUCCGUCUCUGUCGAGUGGGCUUGGCCGCGCUGACCCCCCGCGGGAGGCGGGACGGACGACGCCCGGCGGGUCCCUGGCCGCGCCGCCUUCAUGUGGCCGCUGACGGGGACCCAGGAGGGAUCGGGCAUGGGGCGCAGCCGCCGCGCCCUCCUCCCUGCCCGCCUGGCAGGCGCCGGCGAUGUGGAGACGUGAAGGGGGGACCGGCCCGCUGCCCCGGUGUCUCCAGGAGGCCCCCCCACCCCACCCAUCCCACCCACCCCACCGCGCCCUGAGCCAUCGGUGCCCCCGCGUCCGGCCGGCCGGCCCGCGGAGCCGCAGCGCCAGCCUGGCCAUGGGGCAGAACGGCAGCUGGAGCUCCCGGAACGCCAGCGAGGCGCUGCUCAACGCGUCUGGCGCCGAGGCUGCGGGCGCCAACCGGAGCGCGCUCGGGGGGCUCGGGGAGGCGCCGCUGUACCGCCAGUUCACCACCACGGCGCAGGUCGUCAUCUUCAUCGGCUCGCUGCUCGGAAACUUCAUGGUGUUAUGGUCAACGUGCCGCACAACCGUGUUCAAAUCUGUCACCAACAGGUUCAUUAAAAACCUGACGUGCGCCGGGAUCUGUGCCAGCCUGGUCUGCGUGCCCUUCGACAUCAUCCUCAGCACCAGCCCUCACUGUUGCUGGUGGAUCUACACCGUGCUCUUCUGCAGGGUCGUCAAAUUCUUGCACAAAGUCUUCUGUUCUGUGACUAUCCUCAGCUUCCCUGUUAUAGCCUUGGACAGGUACUACUCAGUCCUCUAUCCUCUGGAGAGAAAGAUAUCAGAUGCCAAGUCACGUGAAUUGGUGAUGUAUAUCUGGGCCCACGCGGUGGUGGCCAGCGUCCCUGUGUUUGCCGUGACCAAUGUGGCCGACAUCUAUGCCAUGUCCACUUGCACAGAAGCCUGGAGCAACUCCUUGGGCCACCUGGUGUACGUUCUCAUCUAUAACAUCACGACUGUCAUCGUGCCCGUGGCCCUGGUGUUCCUCUUCUUGAUCCUGAUCCGCCGGGCCCUGAGCGCCAGCCAGAAGAAGAAGGUCAUCAUUGCCGCGCUGCGGACCCCCCAGAACACCAUCUCCAUACCCUACGCAUCCCAGCGGGAGGCUGAGCUGCAUGCCACCCUGCUCUCUAUGGUGAUGGUCUUCAUCUUGUGUAGCGUGCCCUAUGCCACCCUGGUGGUCUACCAGACUGUUCUCAACGUCCCCGACACGUCCGUGUUCUUGCUGCUCACUGCCAUUUGGCUGCCCAAAGUCUCUCUGCUGGCCAACCCUGUGCUCUUUCUGACCGUGAACAAGUCUGUCCGGAAGUGCUUGGUCGGGACCUUGGUGCAACUGCACCACCGCUACAGUCGCCGGAACGUGGUGAGCACGGGCAGUGGGGCGGCCGAUGCCAGCCUGGAGCCCAGCAUGCGCUCGGGAAGCCAGCUCCUGGAGAUGUUCCACAUCGGGCAGCAGCAGAUCUUUAAGCCCACUGAGGAUGAGGAGGAGAGUGACACCAAACACACGGGCGAGGCGGAGCUCCAGGCUAAGGGGGUGGUGGCCACAGGCCUGGAGGGGGAACUGGGCUCACAGUUUGCCACCCUUGCACCACCCCCAGGCACAGUGGAUCAGGCAGCCCUGGCAGGCCCCCUGGAACUCGAGGCAUUCCCCGACAAAUACUCCCUGCAGUUUGGCUUUGGGCCUUUUGAGUUGCCUCCUCAGUGGCUCUCGGAGACCCGAAACAGCAAGAAGCGGCUGCUUCCACCUCUGGGCAACACCCCUGAAGAGCUGAUCCAGACAAAGAUGCCCAAGGUAGGCAGGGUGGAGCGGAAGAUGAGCAGAAACAACAGAGUGAGCAUUUUCCCCAAGGUGGAUUCCUAGCCGGAGAGUCAGUUGCUGGAAGCUGCCAGCAAGGUUCCAGACGACCCCAGAACACCUCCUGUUCUGCACCCUUCCCCUGGCUCCACGAUUUCCACAAUCUCAUUGCAGCCCUGAGGGGUCGCCUCCUUCUCUGCAGGCCAAAAGUCUUUGAAUGAAAGGGAAGUCUGUACAGAAUCCAAAUGUCCUCUUUCUUCAGGGAGUGUUAAUUUAUUUCUCUCCAUGAUCCAUGUCCUAAGUAAAGUUCGCAUAUCUCUUUGCAAAGAUGACAGGGGGGCAAGGGAAAUGGGUUUGGGGUGGGCAGUCCUGGGACCCCUUUAUCUCCCUGGGCCCAGCCCACAGCCUGGCAGUAGCCAUCUAAGGGGCUCUGCAGAUGGUUGGCAUAUGCUGUGGGAGUUUUAGAAAGAAGAUGCCUGUUCGGUGGACUUACACAGGACAAUAUUAAAAUGUUUUAUAUUGAUCUCUGUUUGGGGGCAGGAGGGGGAGGACUUGCCCUUUGACCUUUUUUUCUCUGGAAGUCUCAAUCAGUUUUUCCAAUGCUCUUAUCCCUGUCACCAGAGUAUGAAUAAGGAAGGUCUGCUAGCCCCCCCUGACAGACAUGCCAGUUGAUGUGCCUUUAUUGAGGGAGGGAACUUGUCCUUGAUUAAGAUUUCUGUCCUGCCACUCCCGGGCAUCGCUGAGCCCCCUGAGAGAUGCCUGCACCCCACCUGUGGUGGAUGUUGGUUGGAAAACACCACAAGCUCUUUACUGUCUUUAUCCCUAGUGUUUUAUCAACCAGUGAAAGAGAAGCUUAGAGGCCGAGCAGGAAAAAUGAGAACUGUCCACCCUAGUCUUUCCUUGCACUUAUCUCAUGAGAAAGACAUGUUGGGAGUAAAGUAUAUUGAAAAACUUGCUACCUUGUGCACACUUGAAAUUGAUAACUAAACAGUAUGCAAAGUCAGUGAAUACUGGGCCCUCUGGAAACGUUAAGCCAAAAAUACUUGGUUAGGAAAGGGACGUCUGCACAGAAGAAUGGGAAAAGCUGAGGAAGUUGCCUCCCUGCGGAGGGACCCCGGAACCCAGGGGUGGCCAGUCUCCCAUUCAGCCCCUUCCUGCCACUGCAGCUCUGCCCGAAGGAAUAGAACUGGGAGAAAGACUUAACAUUGCGAAAUGCCAGCCCAACUGAGUCCAGGUGAACUGGCCACUUCUUCCUGUUCCACAAAGUUUUGCCAUGAACCAGAGAGUCUAGAAGGGAUGGGACAGUGUCCUCAACCGAAUAGCCCCCUGUGGCUCUCUCCAAAGACGCCACCUCCUGGUGGAUUUCUCUGGGAAGAACACAAAACAAAGACACCACUUUGCUUUAAGGAGCGCAAAUCAAAUGCCGAGUCUGCUCUUCUCUCCAGAGUGUUGUGUUCUCCUUAGUGGUGUGUAGGGGAGCCCAUCCAGUGCCUUGAGCAAGCUUGAAGGGAAGUGGUCCUUCUGGUGGGCACCACUCCAUAGCCCAAAGGCAGUGGGCCUCGCGUCCGUCCCAUCUUCUUGCCACUGUCCAGGCCCCCUGGGGAAGCUCACAGGGAUAGGGAGUUUCCUCUGCCUUUUCUUCUGAGUCUGGUACCCUGUGAUGCCCGAGUGUGUGCCCGGAAGCUCCCUGCGAAGGAGCCCUUUCCUCUUUGUGUUGUUUCUGCCCAAAGUGUUCCAUACUCACCACAAAGCAGGGGGCUGCCCCCUGUGCAUGCCACUGUAGCCCCCUCACCCUGAUAGAAUUGUGGCCCUUCGGGCUUAGCUACCAGAGCCUUUACAGCCGUGACAACUUUCAUUGAGGGAAAUUCUCAUCUGUCAAAAAAUCGUGUUUCCAUUUCCAAGAGUCUAUCAAAUGUAAUUCUAUUUGUGUCAUUUGAAUAUAGAUAUUCACAAUUUAAUAAAUUCUGCUGAGGUAGAAUUUGUAGGUAUUAAUGUAUGUCUGAACAGAUGGUUGGCUUCUAACAGAUCAUUUGCCAGGUAUAUUUCUAUACUCUUUGAAGAAAUACAUUUUAAUAAAAAAAAAAUUGAAAAGCAGUUUCUGAACUAA